AUGACACCUGCACGUAUACGUGAUAUUGAAUUAUUGAUAUCACAAAUAUUAAGUAUACGCCAGGUUAAAAAAAUGAUCGUAAUCUACAAAAAUCUACAUGGCUAUAUAUCACUUAUAGUCUGCAUAUUGGGCACAAUAGCCAACACUCUGAACAUAAUUGUAUUGACACGUCGGGAGAUGCGUUCACCUACAAAUGCCAUAUUGACCGGUUUAGCAGUAGCAGAUUUGGCUGUGAUGCUCGAAUAUAUACCCUACACAAUACACGACUACAUUUUGUGGGAGCGAUUGCCACGCGAACAACAAUUGAGUUAUCCUUGGGCCUGUUUCAUUAAAUUCCACUCAAUCUUUGCUCAAGUGUUGCAUACCAUUUCCAUCUGGUUGACUGUAACACUAGCCGUAUGGCGUUACAUAGCUGUGGGUUAUCCGCAAAAGAAUCGUCAGUGGUGUGGCAUGAGAACGACUAUUAUAACAAUAACGAGUGCGUAUGUGGUGUGUGUGCUGGUGGUGUCACCCUCACUAUAUUUGGUCACAUCAAUAGCUGAAUUUUUAGAAAUGUUAGAUGCCAAUGGCAAGACUGUUAAAUCAAUAGCACUGUCACAAUACGUGAUUGAUUAUCAGCAAAGUUUAAUGAAUAAAACAGCUUUGGCGGCGGCAACAACAACUACUACAACGGCAGCAGAGUUAGAUUUGGGAGCCACAGAUAUGUGGCAUAAUGCGACACAAACAACAGCCGAGAUGCUUUUAAGCAUUGUUAAUUCAUCCACAAAUUCAUUUACUAGUAAUACAACCACCUCCACCACAACAACUACCACCACUACUAUUGCCCCCCUAUUGGCUAAUAGUAGUUCCCUGUCCACCGAAGUGGUACGCAACAUAACCGUUUAUCGUCUCUACCACAGUGAUUUAGCUUUGCGUAACAAAACUCUACACAAUGCCACAAAUCUCAUCUACAGUGUAUUGAUUAAACUAAUACCCUGCAUUGCCCUAACCAUUUUAUCAGUACGCCUGAUAAUGGCACUGCUGGAGGCGAAACGUCGCCGUAAAAUGCUCACUAGUAAUGCUGCCAAUGGUAUGAAACCCAUUGUCAAUGGUAAGGUGGUCGAACAGCAGCAGAGACCACGUAAGAAUAGCAAAACGCUGGAGAAGGAAAAACAAACAGAUCGUACUACAAGAAUGUUACUGGCUGUGCUGUUGUUGUUUCUCAUAACCGAGUUUCCACAGGGCAUCAUGGGUCUGCUGAACACCGUGCUUGGUGAUGCUUUUCUAAUGCAGUGCUAUUUGAGACUGAGUGAUCUAAUGGACAUAUUGGCACUCAUCAAUUCAAGCAUUAAUUUUAUACUCUAUUGUUCGAUGAGCCGACAAUUUCGUACAACGUUUACACUAUUAUUUCGUCCUAAAUUUUUGGAUAAAUGGCUGCCGGUCGCCCAAGACGAUGAGACAAUGGCUGGUGGUGCGGCUGGACGUGCGGGUGGUAAUAGUCAACGUCAAGGCGGUAGUGGUUUUGGGGGACGUACGAAUGGUAUACAACGUGAUAUGAUUAGUAAAAGUGUUAUGGGCGAGCAGAACUUUAACACUACUACACAAGUAACGAAUGUGUAGCAAAAACAACAGCAGUAUAAACAACAACCUUUACCACCACCAUUUGCAGCCGUAACAAGAAUUUCAGAAGAUGAAGAGGCGGAAGAGGGAGCUCAAAAGGAAUUAAAUGCUGAAAAGAAACAUACGGGUAAUAAACAGUUGGCUAAAGACGAAAACGAAGAAGUUAAGGGAGCAACUACUGCUGUAGAAGGUAUUUGUCAUUUAGAUAUUAAGCUUAAACAUAAGAACAGCGAUUUUAAAACAGAGUGUCAAACACAUUAUAAAGAUAAUUACAGUACUGAUAAUAAUUGCAACAAUGAAAAACAUGAAUACUCUGAAGCUAAAAUAGCUGCUACUUGUAGCCAAGUAUUAGCAAGUACAGCUAAAAGUAGACAGAGUAUUAAUAAUAAUAACAAUAACAGGAAAUGAGUAGUAUGUUUAUAGCGGAUCCAGCGCAAGUCGAUAAGGCAGUGCAUAUGUGUAUAGCGGUUCUAGCGCAAGACGAUAAGGCAG